AGGAACAAUAAAAUUGACUAGGGCAUUGGGCAAACCCAAACGAAGAAAGAAAAGGAGAGCAUGUGGGUAGUGGUGGAGAGGAAUGAAGAAGACGAGACGACUUUGUAUUCUAUUCUAUUGAAUUCAGUUUCAGUUCAAUUCAAUUCAGUUUGAUUGAUCCCAUUUAUUAAUGCUAUGCUGCAACAAACGCAUAUCAAUGCUCUAAUCCUGUGUUUGUCAUACAGCACCUUCGCCUUCACCUAAUUCUACACUUUGCUCCUCUCACUGCCACUUCUCCAAAACCCUUAGAUCCCUUUCUAACAACCUUUUCUUCCCUUAAUCCAUCGUUGUUUCUUCUAUGCCUUAGAAAUUCAAACGAUUCGUUUCAUCAAUCGAAAAGGAAAGCAUAUGCACCCUCGACAACGCAGUCCCAGAGGGUUUUACCCUUCCGAAUAUCGACACCGUGAUGUCGGUUUCGGGAGAGGCCAUCUCGGCCGUAGAGGUGGCGGUGGUGGUGGCGUUGGCGGCGGUGAUAUUUUCAUCGAAGCCGGCCGCCUCGCCGCUGAGUAUUUGGUCUCGCAGGGGCUGCUGCCGCCCAACGUUCUCUCGUUGAAGUGGAACAAUCACAAUGGCGGUUUCAAGAAGCACGUUGGUGCCGGGGAGAUUCCGGCAGAGGGCGGCCGCACCUCGGCGCUCGCGCGCCUCGGGAAUGCGGUGGAAGGGGGGCCGUCUGGGAGGAGGAAAUUGGGGUUUGAUGAGUUUGGACAGAAAGGAAGGAGAAGAGGGAGUUUCAGUAGGAAUAAUGGAUUGGAUUGGGGUAGAGAUUAUAGAAGGAAUGGGUCGUGGUCUGAUCGAGAUCGAUUUAGAGGUACGCCGGAGAUGAAGGACGACGAUGACGGAGGUGGUGGUGGUGUCAGUGUUAGACAGCAAGAUGAGGAUCUGCAGCACCAGCAAGUUGGUGGAAGUGGUGAUGUUGUUGAUGAUGUUUCGCAGAAGCUGAAUUCGAAUGAGUUUGUGCCGAGGAGCGAGGAUGGUGAUGGUUUGAAUGCCACCGAGAUGGAUACGGACAGGGUGUCCGGUGAAUUGGUGGACUUGAAACAAAGUGCUUUUGGGGCUGCAGGGAAGGAUGUGUGUGACAUGGACAUGGAAUUUGCCAAGAGUUCCAAUGAUUUGGACAAUGCGAGUGCUGGAGUUAAGGAGGUGAAGGAUGGCGACGGCAAUGAUGAUAACGAUGAGAAAUUGAGUGUAUCAAAGAAUUUGUCUGCUCAGUCAAGUGAUCAGGACAAUAGUAGCUCUGGUGGGGCUGUCAUUGAUUUGCUUUCGUCAUGCAAGUUUGUUAAGUUGCCUACAAGGAUGCGCUCUUCGCUUGUGCGUAAGAAUUUGAAGGCUCGUGUUCUUGGGAGCAAUGGAGAUGCAAGUACGCGUGAUAUUGGGGAUCUUCCAGAACCUGAAGUCUUGGCUGAAAAUGAGUCGGUUAAAGAAUCCUCCUCAGGUGAUUUACUAGUUGAUAAAACUUAUGAUAUAGUACAUCUUGACCCGGACAUUGCCGAGGUAGAGCCUAUCCAUGCUGCUGAGAAUGUGAAAGAAUUAGAUACUGCAUGUAAAGCUGAGGAAGUCCAGUCUAUUGGAUCUCAAUCUAGUCAGGAUGGAGGUUAUAUGCAUGAUAACAAGCACCAAGAGGCUAGUGCAGCAUUAUCGGAAUAUGGAAGUUGCAGUUCCUUGGCUGAGGAACGGGGUGAAAAACGUGUUGCAGAAGAUGAUGAUGUGAGGGAGGACAACAAGAGACUGAGAGAAUGGCUGCCUUCCCUUGUCCCUAAGACCGGGGACUACUUUCUUCAUAGUGAACCAAUUGAAGUGAAAGAGAGCCCAGGUGAAGAUGAAAUUUCACAUAUCGACAAAGUGACUUUGACUUCUGAUCAGGGCAGCCUAAUGAGCAGUUCUCAGUUCACAGAAGGUGGAGAUAGACCCUUUCUUCAAUGUUCAGAGGAGAAGCCAUCAUUGCCCAGUUCAUUUAGAACUUGUGAUUUGAAUCUCAUUGAAGCAUCUGAAGUGCAUGAGAACCAUGUUGAUCAUCCAGUUCUUAUUUUUCCUCCUGCUGUUUCUGAAACAAAGAAAGCUGUACCAAUUGAUAUAGAUCUGACCAUGAGUCAUGCUAGUGUAUCGGGCAAAUUCAGUACUCAUACAGCAGGUGGCAAAGAGAUUGAAGUAAUUGAUUUAGAAAAUGAUUCCAUUCAAGAAGAAAAACCAAUGGACAAUAUAGAUAGAAAGACGGAGACUAUGUUCCCCGGCCUUGAAGGUUUUUCCAACCAUGCUCAAAAUGCUGCUGACAUGCAUGAUGUCCAGGAUGGAUAUGGGCUUAUGAUAUCAGAGUUGCUUGGGCCAGAUUUCCCCAACUGCUCUUCUGUACCCGGCAACAUAAAUUCUGUGCACAAUGAAAUGAACCUUCACAAUGGAACGGGGACACUUGCUGAGGAUGAUUCCAUAUAUAUGUCACUCGAAGAAUUAAGCUUUUUGCGGCCAUGGGAGCAACCGCCAUCACAGGAUUAUCAGAAACACUUCUGAUAUGUUGCCACAAAUCCUCUCAGGAGACAUCAUGUAGUAGUAUGCUUGGUACUAGUAUGGUCCUCUGUUAGUCACUAGCUUUAUACAAAAGUGAAAUGCUGCUUUUUUUUUUCAAUUUUAGAAGUUGUCUCCUGUUAGAGGAAUUAUGUACGCUUAAUUCUAUCCUGUCUAAUAUUCUGUAAUCUCUUUUUAAAGCCUCUACAUCACUACCAGAGUUGUUGGAGGAGAAUUGUGUCGAAAGAUACAAAAUUGUAAAAUAUCCCAUUGUAACUCGUUCGCUUGUGCGGUUGGCCAUUAUUUGACAGAAUGGCUUUGAAUUUGCAUUGUAGUUGAGAUCUUCACUGAAAACCUCAGUCUUAAGAGUUAGACUGGGUGAACUUGUGGGUAAGUAUUUGAAAGAGAAGAAAAAUAAUAUAAACAAUGAAUUCAAUUUUUUUCAUAAGAUAAAAGUAUUACCUCUAAGUUUUUGACAAGAUAAAUGAGAGUAGCUUUUAAAAAUUAGAAAUAUAAGUUAAUUUAUAUGUUAUGAGAAGAGUUUAUUUUCUAUUAUUAUUUAAUUUUUUACUUUUAUAAGUACUUAUUGAAAAGUUUAUUUAAAUUGGAUUUUAGUCUUGGUCAAUAAAUGUUUAUAUGGAAAAAAAAUAAAAUGAAUUAAAAAGAAAAAAUAAAUUUAGUUUAUUUUGUAAGGUCUCAUCUAUUUUGUUUAAGGCAGUUUAUUCAAAUUAAUUUGUUUAACUUUAUACUCAAAAACUUGUUUUUGGUGUUUCUUAUUUUUUUGGUAAAGCCUAAGUUGUCUACUUAAAUUUUUAUAAGGCAGUUGUGAAAUUUGUAUUAUGGUGCUUUGAAAAUCAAUGCUGAAACAAAUUGUUAAACUUCAAACCGUUUAAAACUGUGUUUUGUUUGAACUAUAGGUUUCUAGUUCCCUAUCCAUAUUUAGAUAUUUGUAUAAAACGUCAACAUGUAAGGUUGCAACAUUAUUACGAUGACGUAAUGCAGUAGCUUUCU